AUGGCGACACCACAAGACAAGAGAUCCAAUUUCCGAUCCAGACAGAAUUUCAACGUAAUUAAGAUGGCACUCAUGGCGGCCGGCUUAAGCACUCUUUUCCCGUCUAUGGUCUGCUUCGUCCUCGGCGCUUGGAUCUACGUUAUGUGCACUGAUGGCCUCACCGUCCAGGAUUUCUUUACCCCAUGGAUGGCUGGCUUUUUUGUUGAUUUCUACAUUUACGUUUUCCCCUUCGCGCUCUGGGUUUUGUACAAGGAAUCCAACUUGCUGUUGGUCCCGGUUUGGAUACUUCUGCUGAUAUGCACUGGCAGCAUGGGGGCUGGUUCCUUUACCUUUGUUCAGUUUCUCAAGUUGUCACCCCAAGAAGCUGCAGACGACCCUAUCUACCACGCCCUAUUGCGACCCGAACACAAGUAUGGAUCAGUCUUAUUGAGCGUCGAGGUUCAAAAGGGGAAGCAGCAGCACUCUCCGAUGUUAGUGGUCGCUGCAUGCAUUGUUUUCACCAGUUUGGUUGGUGUGAUGAUAGCAACCCUGAUUUGCUCUGUCGUGAUUCAAGGCUCUCCUUUCCGCAAAGAGAUCUUGACUCCGGCGAUGGCUGCCAACCUGAUCGACAUGUGUGCUAACUUCAUCGCUCUUUCGGUGUGGGUUGCCUACAAGGAAACAAGUUGGUUAAGCGCAUCCUUGUGGAUAGCUGUACUGAUACUUCCUGGCGGUAUUGCUGCCUAUAUUGCAACACAGCUGUUUCAGCUUAGCUCUCACGACCCACUCUACCUAGUUUUGGUGAAGAAGAACCGCAGCAGGAGGGCAACCAGGGUUCCUCUUCUCAGUUCGGCUAAACCCAGCGCCCAGGGGUAUUGA